AAAAAAGUGUGAAGAAACACCGAAAGAGUGGCAUCGAACACUGAACAAUCCCGGGGAGAAUAGUUGCGGAGGAGAUGAAUUACAUUCUGAGAACGUUGACGACGAAGCAAGAAGUAGAUUCCACCAUCAGAGAUACCGUCGACAAGGUUCUUGUCCUCCGCUUUGGCCGUGCAUCGGAUCCCGUCUGCCUCCAGCUUGACGACGUCCUUUAUAAGUCCGCGGCGGAGGUUUCCAAAUUCGCGACGGUGGCUUUAGUCGAUUUUGAUUCCGAGGCAGUGCAAGUUUACGUGAAGUAUUUCGACAUCACUUUGAUUCCUUCCACUGUUUUCUUCUUCAAUGCUCAUCAUAUGAAGAUGGAUUGUGGGACUGCCGAUCAUACAAAGUGGGUAGGAGAAUUUAAGACAAAACAGGACUUCAUUGAUGUUGUCGAGGCGAUAUAUAGAGGAGCAAUGAAAGGGAAGCUGAUUGUAACCUGUCCCCUUCCUCCAGAGCAGAUACCAAGGUUUCAGUUGCUGUACAGAGAUGUGUAACACUUAUAUAGUAGCUGUACUCCCUCUUUUCUAAUAUUUUUUUUUCUUACAAUUUUUCUUCUUCUAAUUUAUAUAUAUUGAUGCUUGUUUUUAUUUUUAAAAACAAAUCUCAUGUCCUUCCAUUAUUAUAGCCAUGAUCCAAGGGUCUGUUUUAA